AUGCUGUGCUGCUUCGCGCGGAUGAUGGAUGCAUCGUCAAAGUGGCGACAAUCUGUUGAAGAUGCGCUGGCCAAAGUUGAUGACAAAAAGGAUGCAGCCGUCAUCCGCAUUGCAGAGGACUUCGUGGAGGAUGACCUUAACGGCUACACGAUCUUGCAGGCAUUGUCUCCGGCAGAGAAGAAGGCCUUGGUUGAAGAGUGCACGCCAGUGCCGUCGAUGAACCAAGCGAUGGGUGCCUUGUGUGGCAUGGCCGUAGGCGAUGCAUUGGGCCACCCCUUUGAAUACAUCACAGUGACAGAUGUCCCUGGCACUUCCCGCUUUGACCUUGCUACAUUGGAGUUCCACGGCGAGUUCAAUAAAUUUGGAUGCAAGCGGGGCCAGUGGACAGACGACGCAUCAAUGGGUUUCUGUAUGGCGGAUUCGUUCAUCGUGCGGCAAUCAUUUGACGGCGGUGAUCUGCGCCGUCGCUUUUGGUGCUGGUGGUUUCGUGGCUACAACAAUGCCUUUAGGAAAGAUGUUGAGCGAGAGUCUCGAAAAUCAAUCGGCCUCGGGGGCAACACCCAGAAAUCCCUGGAGCCAUUGACGGCAUGUGCUGACACAGGUGUUCCACCAGAGUACGAGUCUACCAGCGAGGAUGCUGGCAAUGGCAGUUUGAUGCGGUUGGCAGCUGUGCCCAUAUUUUUUCAUGCUCUUCCGCUUCAGGAUCUGUACAGUGUGGCGAGAAAGUCAUCACUAACAACGCAUCCGGGAUUUGUUGCGGCCGAAGCCUGUGCUUUUCUCGCUCACGUUGUGCGGCAAGCUAUGCGUUUGCCACCUGGUUCAACAACGGCAAGAGAAUUCCUUGAUGGUGUGUCCCAGGAGUUCUACGUGACUUCGGGCCUGGCGAGCCAGAGCGGUCCUGGUUUCGAUGAGAUGCAGUGGCCUCUUGCAUUGCAAGGAGAGCCAACGAAGAGGGAGGGAGAGGGAGACGGAGAGGGAGGCAGGAGGGAGGGAAAGAGGGAGGUGAGAGGGGGAGGGAGGGAGGGAGGGAGGGAGGGCCGAGCCAUUACCUAUGCAACACGGGGCGCACAUUCGAACCAAGCGGAGGGGAGACGCUUGCCUGAGCCUUCCCGAAGGGUCGACAGACCGAGAAGCAAGCGAGCAGCAGAGUAUGUGAAGAAUAUUUUAGUUGACCUGACUUAA